GACGACACAUCAGUGUUCUCUCUCAUUUCAGUACCCGGGUGUUAUGCGUCCAUGACUGCCAAUUAGUUUUAUUAUUUAACUUAAAAUUAAAUUAAAAAAUUAAUUAUUUUAAAAUAAGUAUUUGAAUUAUUUAUAAUUAAUAUUUUUAAAAUGGCUAACGAGUAUAAAAAAGUAACUCAUGUUUUAUUUGACAUGGACGGUCUUCUUAUUGAUUCUGAAAGCGUGUACAAGACAAUAUACAAUAAAAUAGUAUCGGAAUUUGGGCAUAGUUACUGCGGUGAUGUGACAUAUCAAGUCCUUGGACGUCCUGAGGUUGUAGGAAUUGAAAUUAUUAUUGAUUAUUACAAACUACCCUUGAGUAUAGAAGAGGUUCAGUCUAAGUACCACCAAUUACAGAAGGAAUUAUUCGUCCAAGUUAGAAUGAUGCCAGGAGCUGAACGACUGUUACGACAUUUGCAUAAACACAACAUUCCGAUCGCACUUGCUACGAGUUCUAGCGAGAGCAGCUACGAACUAAAGACGAAAAAUCUUAAGCCGAUUUUCGAACUUUUCCAUCACCGUGUCCUGGGCGGCUCGGAUCCUGAUGUAAAAAAAGGAAAACCAGCCCCGGAUAUAUUCCUUGUUGCCGCUAGCAGAUUCUCUGACUCCGAUCCCGUUCAACCCUCUCAGUGUCUAGUCUUUGAAGAUGCGCCGAAUGGCGUACAAGCGGCCGUGAGCGCUGGUAUGCAAGUUGUGAUGGUACCAGACGAAAAUCUACCGAAGGAACUGAGCGAAAAAGCUACGAUGGUGCUACACAGUCUAGAAGAAUUUAAACCGGAAUUGUUUGGACUGCCUCCGUUCUCUGAGGAUUAGAAUAUUUACGAGACAUCCAACAAUUCAAGCGGUUAAACAAUGUAUUGAUUUUUAGAAACUAGACGUCAAUAAAUAUGCGCACCAUUUAUUUUAAUGUUGAUCAAUUAGUGCGUGAUAAUGUAAUAAUUAACGAUUCAGAAAAUUGAGGAAAUUAUUUAAAUAAAAUAAACAAAAUAUUAUUUUGAUAAAUAGUAUUAUCUGUUAAAGUAUCUAAAUAUGUAUUAUAGAAAAUAAAAUAAAUCAAUGCAUAC